AUGGCCCAAGAAUUCAAGGACGAUUUGUCCAAAGACCUCACGCCGCCCGAGCAGUUCCAGAGUCCCGGUGUUUCCAACGGAGACGUGGACUGGCUGUUUCGGGGCAAGGCAGCCAAGAAGUUGUCGCGCAAGAGCAACAACGUGUCGCUCGACGUCCAGAACCAAAUCCAACAGGCACAGCUCCAGGCCGCGCAGAGCCAGACACAGCAGCAGCCCGCCGCCCAGGACCAGGGCGAGUUUGUUUCCAAGUUGCCAUCGACGUCCACACAGCUCAAGCCGUCGCUGAAGACGGUGUCUGCCGCGGGAGCAGACUCCUGCAAAGGCCAAGACACAUUGGCUUGUUCGCCAACAUCACAAACAGGGCUCGCGAGAUCCGGAUCCACGCGAUCCCGGUCCGGCUCGCUGUCAAACCCCAUCAGACGCGUUCUCCCAGUUUCUGACUCGAAGGACAAAUCGCCGGCCGUUCCGACUCAAAGAAGACAGUCUCUGUUUUCGUCGAUUUCGUCCAAGUUCAAGUCGCAAUCGUCGCAAGCCUCGCCCCACGACCCUGUUCCGCCCACCGUGCCCGAAUCGGUGGUUGUGGACUGCGUAAGCGGCGACCGCAGCUCUGUGUCGUCCAGGAAGUCGGACGGCCCCAGAUCAAGACGCGCGUCUGUGGCAGAACGGUCGGACUCUGUGUCGAGCGUCGACGACGUGAAGCAGCAGUUCGAGCGUAUGCCGUUCAAGCGUGUCAACUUUGCUCUGCAGGACUUCCCUGAAGAUCCUCAGCAACAGAUUCCGUCCAGAAAGCCCAAAAAGGGUAAUGUUCUGAUUCCGGAGGAUUUGACCGUCCCGCCUCCAAAACUAUCGAUCGGGAUCAGUGAUACCUCUUACAACCAGACAAAGGACGAGAUCCCCAAGGUGGACGAAUCUCUAAUGAGACAGGCCAUGGAAAGACAGCAGCUGGCUAUCAUGGAGAGCAGAAAACAUGCCCAGGAGGCCCACCAGGCCGCCCUCAGAAUAGCCAAGGAGGUGGGCGGGUUCAAGAAGCUGGCCAAGCUCGGCAAGGACAAGGACGAUGAGGAUGAGGGAUGGGGAGACAAGCAAUUCGAGGAGUUUAGAAAUAACGUCGAUAUCGACACCCCGUUGCACCAGCACGUGAACUAUUUCGACGUGGAGGAAGAGGAGGCUGUGGAGCCGGAAAAGGACGUCAAGGUCGAGGAGUUGCCGUUGGACCUGCUGUACACGCGUUGCUGCCAUCUAAGAGAGAUUCUUCCUAUUCCAGCCACUCUUAAACAGCUCAAGGGAAAAGUGCGGCCUCUUCACGUUCUCAAGAUGCUGAACCCGAAACCGACCUUGAUUGACGUUCUAUCGUUCUCGGACUUCCUUGCCAUUGCCCCCAUUGUUACCGUGAUCUUCGAUAACGUGUACCUUGACAACACCAUGAUCAAGAUCGUGCUCAUCAGUUUGUCGCGGUCCACCACGCUGGAAAAGCUCUCUUUCAGAAACGUUGCAUUUGAUCAACAAGGCUGGAAGUACAUCUGCAAAUUCCUCACGGUCAACAAGUCCAUUUUAAAGCUGGACCUGAGUCAACAGCGGAUCAGACCAGAAACACCAAAACAUUUUUAUAGAUCGGUGAUGGACUGGGACCUGUUUACCCAAAGUUUGAUCAUCAAGGGUGGAAUUGAGGAGCUGGUGAUCAAUGGUUGCAAACUCACAAUUGACCAGUUCAAACACCUGGUGAACAACGGACUGCGUUUGAAGACCAAGAGACUGGGUCUAGCAUCCACGAACCUGGACGAGCAGAAAGCCCAGGUCUUGGCCGACUGGAUGUCCAGUCCUAGCAACACGUGUCUCGGGAUCGACAUUGCCGUCAACCAUCUGACCUCGCGUGUGUUGGCUCCGUUUGAGCACAUCUUCCGCACAAGAAUGGAUCACAUCAAUUUGAUCUUCUUUUCACUGAACCAGACUGACGUUUCGGUGGAGGAUUGUGCAAACAUGAUCAAAUUACUAAGCAAGAGUAAGACGCUGCGAUUUUUGGACCUGGGCAACAACCCGCAGCUAUUCCCUGCGAUUUUGCCAACUCUUACCGAGUUCUUGCCGCAGUUCCCUGAUUUACGCAGGGUGCACUUUGAGUUCUGCAACCUGAGCGAGGCGGGCAUAAUCCAGCUGUGUUUAACGUUCCAGAAGUGUCCGAAGCUUCUUCACGUUUCUCUUCUGGGAAAUGAGAACAUUAAUCAACGGAACGCUGCUUCGCUCUACAUUUCGGUGAAAAAUUCCAAUAUUUACAGUUUGGACAUCGACUACGACGCGCUCAGCGACGAGGUGUCGUCGAAAAUCGCGUUCUACCUGAUGCGCAACAUGGAGAAGUUCCUGAACAAGGACCUGACCCAGAGCGGCAACCAGGAGGAGGACCUGAUUUUCGACGGCUCUUUACUGACCAAGACCGCAGAGGCGCUGUUGGAGUCGAACCAGGCGAAAAACGACGACGAGAACCAGAUCAUCAGCAACGCUCUGGUUGAGAAGACCGUGCGGCUGCGGAGCGAGAUCCACAAGAUCAUGAACAAGCUGUUCGACGACAGAGCCAACGGCCGGCUGUCGCUGGAGGGCAAGGAGACGCUGUUGCGGUUCUGUUUGCUGGACGACUCGUUGGAGAGCAUUAUACAUAUUUUUUCCGAGCAGGAGCUGCAGGGAAAGGCCAAGAAGACGAGCUGCGACGCUCCGGGCGUGUUGAAGCGGCCGGAGCUGAUCAAGAAGCUGUCGACGCAGAGAUCGAGCCAGAAACUGCCGAUGCACAAGUCCUCGUCGGACGUGAUUGUGGCCGGGCCUAUUGUGUCGCCAAACCAGGUUGCGUUCGAGCCCGUGACGGUGCCGAUCUCCGAGGACGCGAACCCGCACUCGGUGGUGGCGGACGGCGACUCGCAGCCCGUGGACCAUCUGACGGGCCAGCCGGUGCUGAUGAGAAGCGUGUCGCAGACUUCGAUCCACGCCAAAGAGCUGGAGGAGGAGGAAGGAGAGUUCCACAAGUGGGGAUUCUAUGUGCAGCAGCACGACUCGUCCGAGCACCUGCCAUUGCCGCAGGAGAAGCCGCACCUGAAGGUGAGCAACAUCCCGUCUGGCACGGAGCUGCGCCAGGCGGUGAUGAAGGCCAAGGGCAUCGAGAGCGUGUCGGACCUGAUCAAGAAGAUGAACAUCGACUCGUCGCGGCUGUCGUCGAUCUACGAGCCGGUUUCGGACGCGGAGCAGGCUCCGAGCGACGUGGACGUGGGGUCGAUGGCCGCGUCGUCGACAGUGUCCCCGCAGUUUUCUGCGUCGAACGGCCCCCAGACUCCGGCACGCCGCAGGUCGGUCUCGUCUGCUUUGGAGCAGGACGGGCCCGAGUCGCCAAUGUCGGCCAACUCCGUCGACGAGUACUACGUGCCCGACAAGGAUGCCGACGAGGUGUACGAGAAACUGCUGGACGACGUUGCCAGAGUGCGCUCCAACAGAUCCACCGGCUCGGAGAAGCAGGCGUAA